AUGAAGAACGUACUCUUCGCCGUCUUCGCCCUGGCCGCGAGCAGCGUCAUUGGUACACCCACUGAAGACGACAGCCUGCUCGGCCUUGCAAAGCGCUAUGCUCAGGUCGGCGCAUGUGACACUUGCACGGAAAUGUACCCACAAGGUGGCUUCCCAGGUCAAGGACCUACCAGUUGCUCUCAGGUAAAAGGUCGAAGAGGUAGGGGUAUGGUCUGUGACUCGAACUACGGCUACGUUCAAACUUGCGUGAAUGGUGUAGAACGUCGCAGGCGCCGUCGGUACUGUUCCUCCAACUUUGUCUGUACCGCUGCCGCCGACGGAAGCUUUGCGUACUGCAAUGAAGACUAG